AAGUGGCAAAUUGGUUUUCGGCCAAAAACGAUAAUCCACUGUUUAAUCUGUUUAUGACGGUUUAAAGUAUUUCGUGAAUUAACCGAACAAUGGGACAAGUGAAGUAUCAUGUUUGAGAAUAGCGGAUUAUCGGCCAACGCUUUGAUAUUAACAAAGCUAAAAGAAGAACUCAAGAUCUGAGAAAUUCUUGCAUUUGGCAGAGAAAUAACGUAUUGCAAGAACAUGAAAAUAAAACAGUUCUACAGUUAACAAAGGAAGUUGAAUACAAUAUUAGUAUCACUGUCAUCUACUGAAGUAGGCGGAAAAAGAUACAAAAUCAUUGAGGAAGUUGUUAAAGUCCGUAAACAAACCUUGUCAGCAUAUUUGAUGUCACUAACAUAUUUCGUUUUAUAAAAACAAUCCUCUAACACAGUGAUUCCCUGUCUUGGAUUGAUGACCAAAAUUAGGAGUCUAUUUGAAGAGAUUACAGCUAACGCUUGGAUAGAUUUCAACGAGAACAGGACAAAAAGCUGGCCAGUAUUAGAUGUAUUCUAACGACAUAACGGCAGACAAUCGUAGAUGAAAUCACAUUACAUGAGGUCAGCAGAUUAUAGCAGAUCACACCGUUGAGGAAAAAGAUGGGCAUUUAUAGAUUGUUAUGACAACGACAACAACUACAAAGCGGUGAUGGAGUUAAAAGUCUGGGUUGAAGGAAUCCAGCGUGUAAUAUGUGGUGUUACCGAGGUAACCACAUGCCAGGAUGUAGUCAUUGCACUGGCUCAUGCUACGGGGAAAACAGGACGCUUUACCCUAGCUGAAAAGUGGCGGGAUAAUGAGAGAUUACUUGCUCCGACUGAUAACCCCCUUAAAGUCCUACACAAGUGGGGUGAAUAUGCCACUGAUGUGCAAUUUGUUUUACGCCAUUCUGAUAAGACAGCUAAAUCUCAUAAUAAACCAGCGGAAGAUUCACCUGGAAGCAGUAGCUCAGAUAAUUCACAAAAUAAACAGUUCUCUCAUAAUUUCUCCCCGGGAGGGAGACCUUCAGCUGCUGAUGUUCAACAAUCAGGCCUCAAAAAAUCGCUGACAUUUAGUGGAGCCCAUAAUUAUUUUGCACCUCAGAAAUAUGCAAAAGGACAACCAGGGCCCCCUAUUGCUGAAAAUUCGAACUUGCCAAUACCAACUGAGCCACCUCCGUAUAACACAUUGCAGCCACCAGCCUAUAGCGCAAUAGAUCAGCAACGAAAGCAACACUUUAGAUUAGGGCCUCAAUAUAACAGUUUACCAGAUAGAUCAACAUCACGUCCUGGACUCAUGAAGCCUGGAAUAAAUACUCAAAAGACCAGUACUCAACCAACAGGUACUCAAGAGAGGACUCAACUGGAAAAUGAACCUCUUAACAAUAAUAAUUCUAAAUCAAUCAUAUCACCAUAUAAUACUUUAGAGAAACAGCCUCAUGGGAAGCCACCUCUCUCAAGGAAAUCACCUGGACCCUCACCAAUGAAUAGUCUCGACCGGAAAAAAUAUGGACCUUCAACUAUAAAUAGUUUGGACCGGAAACAGCAUGGACCCUCAUCUAUGAAUAACAUGGACCGGAAACAGUAUGGACCUUCACAAAUUAAUAGCUUGGACAGGAAACAACCACCAAGCUACACUAAAGCUAUUUUGUCAAAAAGUCCACAGGUUUCGUUGGAUACCACUACAAAGAGCGUGUUCUCGCGGCAGCCUCAUGUACAUGCCAGUAGAUCUAGUCCUAGUGUAAGUAGUCCUCAUGGGAGAUCUAGUCCCCAUGGUUCACUACAAAGUCCUAAUAGUUCAACAGAAAGUCCCCGUGGCUCUCUACAAAGUCCUACUGGAUCUAUUGGGUCCCCUUAUAGUCCAAGCUCAAACUCUACAUUUAGCUAUCACUCUACUGGAUCAGGGUCCCUGUCUAGACUCAGCCCAAAGGUUUAUACACAGCCACCUACUAAACUUCACACACCCGAGGUGUACACCCCCGAGGUUCAAGGAAAUAGUCCUCAGAUUACCCCUCGCUAUAGUCAUAAUCAACACCAGGGGGGAGAGCUCUUACAUCAGAACAACACAGCUCCAAAUCUCCCUAUAUAUCAUAGUCAGAGUCCUAGUGGGUCUUCUAUACAUACAAGUAGCUCCAGGGAGGGAGGCAUGGAGGAGUAUGACUUGGACAAAAACUUACCAGAUGUCACUCAAGAUACAACUGAUAGUGGAUACAAUGAAAAAGAGGAUAAGGUGACAUUACAUGAUGAAACAGAGAUGGAGGAGUUGCGGAAGCUGGUUGCCGAGCAACAGGAUCGUCUUCAGAAGCAAGAGUCUCAAAUGUCUAUUGUCCUAUCGGAUAUCACAUACUGGGAAGCCAAAGAAAAAGAUAUGAACAAACAGGAGACAAGCCUCAGCUUGGAGUUGCAGAAACUAGAAAAACGCGAGAGAGACUAUGAAAUUGAGAUAACAGAGUUAGAUUCAGCUCAUUUACCCGAUACGUUAAGGGUCGAAGAGCAGACAGAACGAUCUUUACAAUCUGAUCUAACUAUGUUACAGUCUAAACUUGCCAACAGUCAAACUGACCUUGAAACAAACCAGGAAAAAAUAACAGUAUUAGAAAAUGAAAUUAAACUCGAGAUGCAAAAACUUAAUGAUGAGAGAUUAAAAGUUGAACAGAAUAUGGAUACUACAAUUGAUGAACUGAAAAAGGAAAUCAAAACAGGGUUAGAACAAACAGAAAAAGAUAAAGACAAGAUUAAUGAAUCCGAAAGUGAAAUUGAACAACUGAAAAGUGCAAUAGCCAAUAAGGAAAAAGAGAUUGAACAAAUUGAUAAUGACAUUAAAGAUGCCAAUAUGCAGUUAUUUUCUACAGUGAUGAAACCUUUGAAAGAUCUGGGAGGGCAUACAAGUCAGAGGAGCUUUGAUGAAACUGGCUCGUCCAGUCCAAGUACAAGCCGUCCAGGAAGUGCCAGAAAAUUGAAUGUAAAUCCCCAAGCAUUAGCAGAGACUCUAGCAACGGGGAACCAUCCCCAUGGUAUGUGGGUCUGAUUUAUGCUUGGAGAUAUCUGGGCCUACUGCUCUGUCAUCUCCAAGCAUUUGCAGAGACACUAGCAACAGGGAAUCAUCCCCAUUGUAUUGUGGUCUGAUCUAUGCCUGGAGAUAUUUGGAUCUGCUGCUAUGUCA